AUGACUGCAUCAAGCCUACAACGAGUCCUACGCUCGAAAUGGACUUUCAUCCUCCUGGGGUUCUCCAUGAUUUGCUCAGAAUUUCCAGGAUUUCAUUACGAUACGUACACUUCCACGCUGAAAAAUUUCGCGGACUCAGAAGAACAUCAUGACACCAACAGGUCUCCGUUCUCGUCUCUACCUCUUGAGAAAAAUACUGCCUUGUUUAACGCUCAUUCUUCACUUUACAACCAGAAGAAACCCCUCAAUAAUAUCUUAUCGCCUUCCUCCAAUAACCAACGUGCUUCAAAUCAAGUCGACUCUAUGGAGAACAUUCAAAGCCAUCGUCUCAUCAAGCGAAAAUCAAAGGAUAAGAAAAUGAAAAUGAAACAAGACAAAAAUAGCUCUCAAAGUCUACUUCCACCAGUUUCAGAACUUCAGAAUAUUCCACAAGAUUCAGAAAUUCAGGCACCUUUACCAGACUCAGAUCCUACAGAGAUGUCAACCCAGCCUCCUGCUGAUCAAUCCAAUUUAGGGAACAAUGGAGGUUCAAAGUCCAAAAAGAAAAAGAAGAAAAAGAAGAAAAAGAAGAAGAAAAAGAAAAAGAAGAAAAAGAAGAAAAAUAAAAAGAAGAAAAAUAAAAAGAAGAAUAAAAAUACAAAAAAGAGCUCUGAAAUUCAAACAACUCCACCAGUUUCAGAGCUUCAGAAUGUUGAACAAAAUACAGACGUUCAGGCUCUACCAGGCUCAGAUCUUACAGGGGCUUCAAGCCAGACUCCUUCUGAUGUAUCUAAUUCAGGAAACAAUGGAGGUCCAACGUCUGAAAAGAAAAAGAAAAAGGGUAAGGAGAACAAAUCUGGCGACAAAAACGGUAAAGGCGAAGGUAAAGCUCACUUCCGUCAAAAGUGA